UCCCAGGCCUGCAGCCGCCCGGGCCCUCGCCUCCGCUCGCCCGGCCCCGGCCGCCUCGUGCGCCCCGGCCGCAGCACCAUGUUGAAUCGCGUCCCCAGGCCGAGCCGCCAGGGCCGGCGGCGCUGAGAGGCGGCCAGAGCCGGGCCGCGGGAGGCGGCGAGGCAGGUGGGGGCCGCGUUCGCCCGCGGCUCCGCGCCCGGCCGCCCGUCGCCUGCCCCUCUAGUUUCGCUCCCGUUUCUUUAAACUUUUUUAGAAAUUCCCCUCCCUCCGGCCCUGCGCUCCCCCUGGCCUCCCGCUCCCUCCUUCCCCUCCUCCUCGCCUCCUCCCCCUCCCUCCUCCCUCCCUGCGCCGCCGCCGCCGCCGCCGCCGCCGCCGCCACCGCCGGCCCAUGACUGAGCCCCGCCACCGCCGGCCGAGGAAUGGGCUCCGGGCGCUGGUAGGGAGCGCGGGGAGCGGGGGCCGCGUUUGAACCGCGAUCUGGGUUUUCGGGAGACCUCCUUUGGCAAAAUAAUGGCAAACUCGACGGGGAAGGCGCCUCCGGACGAGCGGAGGAAGGGACUGGCUUUCCUGGACGAGCUGCGGCAGUUCCACCACAGCAGAGGGUCGCCGUUUAAGAAGAUCCCUGCGGUGGGUGGGAAGGAGCUGGAUCUUCACGGGCUCUACACCAGAGUCACUACUUUAGGCGGAUUCGCGAAGGUUUCUGAGAAGAAUCAGUGGGGAGAAAUUGUUGAAGAGUUCAACUUUCCCAGAAGUUGUUCUAACGCUGCCUUUGCUUUAAAACAGUAUUACUUGCGUUAUCUAGAAAAGUACGAGAAAGUUCACCAUUUCGGGGAAGAUGAUGAUGAGGUACCACCAGGCAAUCCAAAGCCACAGCUCCCUAUUGGUGCGAUUCCGUCUUCCUACAACUACCAGCAGCACAGCGUGUCAGAUUAUCUACGUCAAAGUUAUGGGUUAUCUAUGGAUUUUAAUUCGCCAAAUGAUUAUAAUAAACUGGUGCUUUCACUGUUAUCUGGACUCCCAAACGAAGUGGACUUCGCCAUUAAUGUGUGCACUCUCCUCUCAAACGAAAGCAAGCACGUCAUGCAGCUUGAAAAAGAUCCCAAAAUCAUCACUUUAUUACUUGCUAAUGCUGGGGUGUUUGAUGACACUUUAGGCUCGUUCUCUACUGUCUUUGGAGAAGAAUGGCGAGAGAAGACUGACAGAGACUUUGUUAAGUUUUGGAAAGACAUUGUGGAUGACAAUGAAGUGCGAGAUCUCAUUUCUGACAGAAACAAGGCUCAUGAAGAUACACCAGGAGAAUGGAUUUGGGAAUCUUUAUUUCAUCCACCUCGAAAGCUGGGCAUUAAUGACAUCGAAGGACAGCGAGUUCUUCAGAUUGCAGUGAUUUUGCGAAACCUUUCCUUUGAGGAGAGCAAUGUUAAGCUCUUGGCAGCUAAUCGCACCUGUCUUCGUUUCCUAUUACUCUCUGCACAUAGUCAUUUUAUUUCAUUAAGGCAAUUAGGCCUUGACACGUUAGGAAAUAUUGCAGCUGAGCUUUUACUGGACCCUGUUGAUUUCAAAACCACUCAUCUGAUGUUUCAUACUGUUACGAAAUGCCUGAUGUCAAGGGAUAGGUUUUUAAAGAUGAGGGGCAUGGAAAUUUUGGGAAAUCUUUGCAAAGCAGAGGAUAAUGGUGUUUUGAUUUGUGAAUAUGUGGAUCAAGAUUCAUAUAGAGAGAUAAUUUGUCACCUCACUCUGCCUGAUGUGCUGCUCGUAACCUCAACUCUAGAGGUGCUCUACAUGCUCACCGAAAUGGGGGACAUUGCCUGCACAAAGAUCGCAAAAGUAGAAAAGAGCAUAGACAUGCUCGUGUGUCUGGUCUCCAUGGACAUUCAGAUGUUUGGCCCUGAUGCACUGGCUGCAGUGAAGCUUGUCGAACAUCCAAGCUCCAGUCACCAAGUUUUAUCUGAAAUGAGGCCACAGGCUAUAGAGCAGGUCCAAACCCAGACCCACGGGGCACCUGGCCCAGCUUCCAGAGCAGUUGUAGCACAGCACGCCGCUCCCCCUCCAGGCAUCGUGGAAAUAGACAGUGAGAAGUUCGCUUGUCAGUGGCUAAAUGCUCAUUUUGAAGUAAAUCCAGAUUGUUCAGUCUCUCGGGCAGAAAUGUAUUCCGAGUAUCUCUCAACUUGUAGUAAAUUAGCUCGUGGUGGCAUCCUCACAUCGACUGGGUUUUACAAGUGUCUUAGAACAGUUUUUCCAAAUCACACAGUGAAGAGAGUGGAAGACUCCAGUAGCAGCGGGCAGGCACAUAUCCACGUCAUAGGCGUGAGACGGAGGGCUCUGCCGCUGCCCAUUCAGAUGUACUACCAGCAGCAGCCGGUUUCGACUCCUGUUGUUCGCGUCGAUGCUGUUGCUGACGUGUCUCCAACUCCUUCACCUGCAGGAAUCCCUCACGGAUCACAAGCUGUGGGAAAUCAUUUUCAGAGGACUCCUGUCACCAAUCAAUCUUCAAAUUUGACUGCAACACAAAUGUCUUUUCCAGUACAAGGCGUUCAUACUGUGGCACAGACUGUUUCUAGAAUUCCACCAAAUCCUUCAGUUCAUACCCACCAGCAACAAAAUUCUCCAGUGACUGUCAUUCAGAAUAAAGCUCCAAUUCCCUGUGAAGUCGUUAAGGCAACAGUAAUCCAGAACUCUGUGCCCCAGACAGCAGUUCCUGUGAGUAUCGCUGUUGGAGGACCUGCACAGAGCUCUUUAGCUCAGAAUCACAGUGCAGGGCCACAGCCUGUUACAGUUGUAAAUUCUCAGACAUUGCUUCACCACCCCUCUGUGAUGCCACAGCCAUCUCCACUACACACAGUGGUGCCAGGACAGAUCCCGUCAGGAACUCCUGUCACAGUAAUCCAGCAGACUGUACCACAGAGUCAUAUAUUUGGACGAGUACAGAACAUACCAGCAUGUACGUCUACAGUUUCACAGGGUCAGCAGUUAAUCACCACAUCACCACAGCCUAUGCACACUUCAUCUCAACAGACAGCAGCUGGUAGCCAGCCACAGGACACUGUCAUCAUAGCACCUCCACAGUACGUAACGACUUCUGCAUCCAGUAUCGUCUCAGCAACUUCAGUACAGAAUUUCCAGGUAGCUACGGGACAGGUAGUUACCAUAGCUGGUGUUCCAAGUCCACAACCCUCCAGGGUGGGAUUCCAGAACAUUGCACCCAAGCCGCUUCCUUCUCAGCAAGUUUCAUCGACAGUGGUACAGCAGCCUAUUCAACAACCACAGCAGCCAGCCCAGCAAAGCGUAGUGAUCGUAAGCCAGCCAGCUCAGCAAGGCCAGACUUACGCACCAGCCAUUCACCAAAUUGUUCUUGCUAACCCGGCCGCUCUCCCAACUGGUCAGACAGUUCAGCUGACCGGACAACCAAACAUAACUCCAUCUUCUUCACCAUCACCUGUCCCAGCUACUAGUAACCAAGUCCCUGCGGCCAUGUCAUCUUCUUCCACCCUUCAGUCACAGGGACCACCUCCUACUGUCAGUCAGAUGCUGUCUGUGAAGAGGCAGCAGCAGCAGCAGCAUUCACCAGCGGCGCCAGCACAGCAGGUCCAGGUCCAGGUGCAGCCGCCGCAAGUCCAGGUGCAAGUGCAGCCGCAGCAGGCGGGUGCAGGAGUUGGUCAGCCCGCUUCCAGCGAGUCUAGUCUGAUAAAACAGCUGCUGCUCCCAAAGCGGGGCCCUUCCACCCCAGGGGGUAAGCUUAUCCUCCCAGCCCCACAGAUUCCUCCCCCUAAUAAUGCCAGAGCCCCCAGCCCCCAGGUGGUCUAUCAGGUGGCCAAUAGCCAAGCAGCUGGCUUUGGCGCGCAGGGGCAGACCCCUGCUCAGCAGCUGCUGGUUGGACAGCCAAAUGUUCAGUUGGUCCAAAGUGCAAUGCCACCCACAGGGGGAGUGCAAACCGUGCCCAUUUCCAACUUACAAAUACUGCCGGGUCCACUGAUCUCAAACAGCCCAGCAACCAUUUUCCAAGGGACUUCCGGCAACCAGGUAACUAUAACAGUUGUGCCAAAUACCAGUUUUGCAACUGCGACUGUGAGUCAGGGAAACGCAGCUCAGCUCAUCGCUCCAGCCGGUAUUAGCAUGAGUGGGGCGCAGGCCGGAGCUGGACUUCAGGUGCAGACGCUUCCAGCCGGACAAUCAGCGUGUACCGCCGCUGCCCCCCCAUUCAAAGGCGAUAAGAUCAUUUGCCAAAAGGAGGAGGAAGCAAAGGAAGCAACAGGUCUACAUGUUCAUGAGCGGAAAAUCGAGGUCAUGGAGAAUCCUUCCUGCCGACGAGGAACCACAAACACCAGCAAUGGGGACACGAGUGAGAGUGAGACCCAGGUGGGGAGCCUGUUAAACGGGAGAAAGUACAGUGACUCAAGUCUACCUCCUUCACACUCAGGGAAACUUCAGAGUGAGCCCAACCCGUGCUCACCACUCAGCAAUGGGCCAUCGUUGGAAUUAGGUGAGAAUGGAGCAGCUGGAAAACAGAACUCAGAACCCGUGGACAUGCAGGAUGUCAAAAGUGAUCUGAAAAAAACCCUCGUUAAUGGAAUCUGUGAUUUUGAUAAAGGAGAUGGUUCUCAUUUAAGCAAAAACAUUCCAAAUCACAAAACUUGUAAUCAUGUAGGAAACGGUGAGGUAUCUCCAGUGGAGCCACAGGGGACUUUGGGUGCCACCCAGCAAGAGACUGCCAAAGGCGACCAGCUAGAAAGAGUUCCCAAUGGACCCGCGUUAACUCUGGGUGGGUCACCGGCCACCAGCAGUGUGCAAGAAGCUUCGAGUGUGGCGACACAGCCGUUCAGUGGUACUGACUUGCCUAACGGACCUCUAGCUUCAGGUUUGACUUCAGAUGUGCCUCAUCAGCGCCCAAGUGUGGUUGUCUCACCGCGUCCUACAGCCCCUGUCAUACAGGGGCACCCGGUCAUAGCAGCUCCCCACUCAGGAUCUAGAGGGCCCGCCUCCGCUCUGUCAUCUGACGCUCGGUC